CCGUGGUAAAGCUGCCACGUCUACAACACCAAGACGUACUUCAGGGGUCUAACACUCCCCAGGAGGGACCAGGUCCAGGCUGGCAGCAGGGAUGAGAAGUUGGAGGCAAGGCCCCGAAUGGGUGGGCAGAGGCAGCCGUAAAGUCUUGCGUAUCUGGUUUAACAAGAUGUCUGUAAAGGAAGGCGCCCAGCGCAAGUGGGCAGCACUGAAAGAGAAGCUGGGGCCUCAGGACUCAGACCCCACGGAGGCCAACCUGGAGAGUGCUGAGCCCGAGUUGUGCAUCCGGCUGCUGCAGAUGCCCUCCGUGGUCAACUACUCGGGCCUGCGCAAGCGCCUGGAGAGCAGUGAUGGCAGCUGGAUGGUGCAGUUCCUGGAGCAGAGCGGCCUGGACCUGCUGCUGGAGGCGCUGGCACGACUGUCAGGGCGUGGGGUGGCCCGCAUUGCGGACGCCCUGCUGCAGCUCACCUGCAUCAGCUGUGUGCGUGCAGUCAUGAAUUCACAGCAGGGCAUCGAGUACAUCCUCAGCAACCAGGGUUAUGUGCGACAGCUCUCCCAGGCCCUGGACACCUCCAACGUCAUGGUCAAGAAGCAGGUGUUUGAACUGCUGGCUGCUCUGUGCAUCUACUCACCGGAGGGCCAUGCACUGACGCUAGAUGCCCUGGACCAUUACAAGAUGGUGUGCAGCCAGCAGUACCGCUUCAGCGUCAUCAUGAAUGAGCUCUCGGACAGCGACAACGUGCCCUACGUGGUUACCCUGCUCAGUGUGAUCAACGCUCUCAUUCUGGGCCCCGAGGACCUCCGCACUCGUGCCCAGCUGCGGAGUGAGUUCAUCGGGCUACAGCUGCUGGAUAUUCUGACCCGGCUCCGAGACUUGGAGGAUGCGGAUCUGCUGAUCCAGCUGGAGGCCUUCGAAGAGGCCAAAGCGGAGGAUGAGGAAGAGCUUCAGCGAGUCAGUGACGGGAUCAACAUGAACAGCCACCAGGAAGUCUUCACCUCACUGUUCCACAAGGUGAGCUGUUCCCCAGCGUCGGCCCAGCUGCUGUCAGUGCUGCAGGGUCUCAUGCACCUGGAACCUGCCGCCCGUUCAGGCCAACUGCUCUGGGAGGCCCUGGAGAACCUGGUGAACCGGGCCGUGCUUCUGGCCAGUGACGCCGAGGCCUGCACCCUGGAGGAGGUGGUUGAGCGACUUCUGUCCAUCAAAGGGCGGCCCCGACCAAGCCCCCUGGACAAGGCCCAUAAGAGCGUGCAGACCAACUUAGGCCAGAAUCAGGGCAGUUCCUCCCAAAACACUGCUACUCCCACAGCUAAAGUGGAAGGCCGGCAGCCAGUAGUGGCUUCUCCAUGCCAACAUGUGGGCAGCAUCCAGAGCUCCAGCAUGGACGCAGCUCCACAGCUAGCAGCCUCACCCCUGCCUACCCCACCACUCUCCAGCUCCACCCCUGUGCUCCCUCCACCCCCACCGCCCCUGCCAGGCUCAGGGGCCACAUCUCCCCCAGCACCUCCUCCACCCCCACCCUUGCCGCCCCCUUUGCCAGGCUCAGGGACCAUGUCUCCCCCUCCCCCUCCACCCCCACCCUUGCCACCCCCUUUGCCAGGCUUAGGGGCCGUAUCUCCCCCUCCACCCCCACCCCCACCUCCCCUACCAGGUUCAAGGGCUGUGUCUCCCCCAGCACCACCUCCAUCUCUGCCUCACUCCCACCCCCUGCCCCCACCCCCGCCCCCACCCCCACUCCCUGGCAUGUGCCCAGUUCCUCCCCCUCCCCCACUACCCACAGCAGGCCAGGUCCCUCCACCCCCUCCCCUGCCUGGAUUCUCUGUCCCCUCCGUGGUGGGUGGUGUGGAGGAGAUCAUUGUGGCCCAGGUCGACCACAGCCUGGGCUCAGCCUGGGUCCCCAGUCACCGCAGAGUGAAUCCACCCACCCUGCGAAUGAAGAAGCUAAACUGGCAGAAGCUGCCAUCCAAUGUGGCACGAGAGCGCAACUCCAUGUGGGCAACACUGAGCAGCCCCUGCACAGCCGAAGUGGAACCUGACUUCUCCAGCAUUGAGCAGCUGUUCUCCUUCCCCAUGGCUAAGCCCAAGGAACCCUCUGCUGCCCCCGCCAGGAAGGAACCCAAAGAAGUUACUUUUCUGGACUCCAAGAAGAGCCUGAACCUCAACAUCUUCCUGAAGCAAUUUAAAUGUUCCAAUGAAGAAGUCACCGGCAUGAUCCAGGCUGGAGACACAAGCAAGUUUGAUGUGGAGGUUCUCAAACAGCUCCUAAAGCUUCUUCCAGAGAAGCACGAGAUUGAGAACCUACGGGCGUUCACCGAGGAUCGAGCCAAAUUGGCCAGCGCUGACCAGUUCUACAUUCUCCUCCUGGACAUUCCCUGCUACCAGCUGCGGGUGGAGUGCAUGAUGCUGUGCGAGGGCACAGCCAUCGUACUGGACAUGGUGCGGCCCAAGGCCCAGCUGGUGCUCACCGCCUGCGAGAGCCUGCUCACCAGCCAGCGGCUGCCGGUCUUCUGUCAGCUGAUCCUCAAAAUUGGCAAUUUCCUCAACUAUGGCAGCCACACGGGAGAUGCAGAUGGCUUCAAGAUUAGCACUUUGCUGAAGCUCACAGAGACCAAGUCCCAGCAGAGCCGUGUGACGCUGCUGCACCAUGUGCUGGAGGAAGUGGAGAAGAGCCACCCGGACCUCCUGCAGCUGUCCCGGGACCUGGAGUCGCCCUCUCAAGCUGCAGGAAUCCACUUGGAGAUCAUCCACUCAGAGGCCAGUGCCAACCUGAAGAAGCUUCUGGAAGCAGAGCGGAAGGUGUCCUCCUCAAUCCCUGAGGUGCAGAAGCAGUAUGCUGAGCGCCUGCAGGCCAGCAUUGAGGCCUCCCGGGCGCUGGACAAGGUGUUUGACGCCAUUGAGCAGAAGAAGCUGGAGCUGGCUGACUACCUGUGCGAAGACCCCCAGAAGCUGUCCCUAGAGGACACGUUCAGCACCAUGAAGACCUUCCGAGACCUCUUUACCCGUGCCCUGAAGGAGAACAAGGACCGGAAGGAACAGAUGGCAAAAGCGGAAAAGAGAAAACAGCAGCUGGCGGAGGAGGAGGCACGGAGGCCGAGGGAUGAGGACGGGAAACCUGUCAGGAAGGGGCCUGGGAAGCAAGAAGAGGUGUGUGUCAUCGAUGCCCUGCUGGCCGACAUCAGGAAGGGCUUCCAACUGCGGAAAACAGCCCGGGGCCGGGGAGACACCGAAGCAAGUGGCAGAGUGGCUCCAGCAGAUCCUCCAAAAAUCACAGAGCCUGCAACUGCCAGCAAUCCUACCCAGGGCACAAACCAGCCUGCCUCAGAGCCAAGCUCUGAUACCACAGCAGCCGGCGAGCCACAGGGCUGGGACCUUGUGGACGCUGUAACCCCCAGCCCCCAGCCCACCAAAGAGGACGGUGGUCCGCCAUCCCUGGAGAGGCGUUCCUCCUGGUAUGUGGAUGCCAGCGACUUCCUGGCCCCUGAAGACAUCUUAAACACCCAGCCCUCUGAGGGCGCCUGGCCAGUGACUCUGGGAGAUGAUCAAGCUCUGAAACCCCUUGAGUUCUCUAGCAAUAAGCCUCCUGGGGUGGAGCGCUCACACCAGGAUGCUACAGAUCCUGAAGCCCUCUGGGGUGUCCACCGAGCCGAGGCUGACAGCACCAGUGUGCGGCCAGAGGAUGCUACUGAGCGAGGACAGGGCACCCACCUCCCUCGCCCUGGAGAGGAUGAGGACGAAGAGGACACGGCCCUAGAAUCUGCACUCGACACCUCCCUGGACAGGUCCUUCUCUGAGGAUGCAGUGACAGAUUCCUCAGGGUCUGGCACCCUCCCCAGGGUCCAGGGCCGGAUCUCGAAAGGGACAGGCAAGCGGAGGAAGAAACGCCCCUCAAGGCGCCAAGAAGAGUUUGCCCCUGAUUCUGAUGAUAAUAAGGCAAAAAGGCUGUGUGUGAUCCAGUGAGGUAUGUAUGCAGCCCGGCUCCUGUUGACUAAUGACUGCAGCGGGCACUGGGGCCUCAGCCUGCUGCCUAGCCCUCCUGAACACUAACCUAGCUUGUCUCCAGCUCUCUGGAUAUAUCAGCAAACCCCUCCCUUGGCUCAUGGUGGUGGUGCCUUUGCUGUGCUGUCUUGUUAGAGAAGGCCCAGCUUACAAGCCUUGCCUGCCCAGGGUCUUCUCUCUUCCAGUAGGACACAACCUCAGAGCUGGACUCCAGAUGGGUCUCCAAGGCAUGAUAGAUAGAGCCAAGCCAGGCUCCCGGUAGGGAGUAGGGCUCCAGGCCUUUGUGGGCACAGUGUGGGGAUCUUUGGGGAUGGCUGUUUCUUAGUCCUGCAGGACAGACUGAGGUUGUUCCUAUCCCUCUCUCAGCCCUACCCAUGGUCAAGGUAAUUGCAGCUUUACUAAUCCCAGCUCCCUGGGAGACUCCUUCCCUCUACACCGGGCCAAUCCUCCCAACACUACUCCAGCCUACCUGUGGUCCAGGUUAUGGUCAAGCGCAUGCCCAGAAAGACUAUACAGAAAUGGGUGUGUUGAGUGCAGAUGCUGCCAGAGGCAAAGGACCAGGGCCUCCCCUCUCCAUUGCCGGGGCAGAGUCGGAUCCGUGUAGAUGCCAGGUUGUCCUAGAUAGGGUUUUACUGCUGGGAACAGACACCAUGACCAAGGCAAAUCUUGUAAAAAACAUUUAGUUGGGGCUAGCUUACAGGUUCAGAGGUUCAGUCCAUUAUCAUCAAGGUGGGAGCAUGGCAUCCAGGCAGGCAUGGAGCAGGUAGGGCUCAGAGUUCUACAUCUUCAUCUGGAGGCUACUAUGAGGAGACCGACUUCCAGGCAGCUAGGAAGCCCAUGCUCACAGUGACAGACCUUCUCCAACAAGGUUAUACCUCCUAAUCGUGCCGCUCCCUGGGCCAAGCAUAUGCAAACCUUCACACAGGUCUUCCUCCUACACAGUGGGGCUUCUGGGCCCCACUCACGGCCAGUACAUGGCAAAAGACAUUAAAGAUGCACUUGGACCAGCUCAGGGCCCUGUUCUGCAGCCAGGUAUCAUGGAUGGAGGAAGUCCUGACUGAAACAAAAAUGUCUGUCCGCAUUGUCAUCUUUGAGAGCCUGAACAAACCCCGAACACCUCUGACCUGGCACAGGGACCCUGAGUCUGCCUGCCUGGCACUCUGAACUUGCUGGCUACUGGGCUGAAGUCUCAGGAUCGAGGUACAAGGACAAAGCCUGUUGGUAUUAUGUAGACAGGAGCCCCAGGGGGCUCAGAGCAGGGGUUUACCGUUACUCUUGGUCCAGCCGGCACAGUGGUCUUCCCUCAGUUUUUGUUUUUGUUUUUUUGUUUUUUUGUUUUGUUUUUUGUUUUUUGUUUGUUUGUUUGUUUUGUUUUGUUUUUUGGUGCUGUUGACCCUGCAGUCUGGACUGCCCCCUUGGGCAAUACAUUUUGAUGGAAACCAACUUCUGUGUUCCCAGAUCGGCAGCCUCUCCAUGCCGAGCACCCCUGUUCUAGCUAACCCGGACAUGCUACACCCCUGCCGUGGUUGGUUCAUCUCCCCACUCCCCGCCGUGUCUUAAUAACACGGUGGAUGGAUGGACAGACGGACAGAUGAAGCUUUGACAGCUAGCCACUGCUCUGCUCCUUUUCUCUUGUCUUCUGAGUAAAUUCUCAAACUCAAGCCUCCCAGGGGGAGCCCAGAACCCCACCCACCACUAGUGAAAAAGCAGCUUUUUAGGCAGCUCAGAGAGUGUCCGGAGCAGGGUUCCUACAGGCUCAGGUUGGGGGCAGUUUCAGUGUGUGGCUGCCGGCCCAGGGCCCUCCCUGGUCAGCACCUAGGUAGAGAGGAAGCAGGAAGGACCAAGUCCAGCUCAAAGGAACCAGUGAGGCUGGUUGAGAGCAGACGGUGGGUAUGGGUCUGUGAAAAGAAAAGUAGGCCGUUGGGAGCCCACCGGAGGACAGUCUGGCUCAAGGCAUCACACCUGGUUGCAGCAGCCUCCGAGACAGCAGCCCGUGGGUGUGAACUUGGCUCCAUCUUGGCUGAAUUCUGCUGCCCCAGAGAAGAAUCUGGCACCGGAGUGGACCCAGAUACGUGUCACAGCCUUGGAAAUCGAUGGCAGCGAGACCCUUUAUUGGGCACCUAGAGAUUUCCGAGAGGCGGUUCCUAACAUUGUCAUUCCUUUCCCACAGGCCUCAGGUCCAGGCCCAAAGCCAAGUGACUGCCCUCAUCGGCUCAGCACAUCGGCGGGUGCUGGAUGUGCCGCCUGCAGAGGCUCUUCGGGGCCAGGCUGGGACUGGGCCCCUGAGAAAACCCAAACUCUGUGCCUUACCCAGUCAGGAUCCUUGGGAGCCUUGGCCCUCGAUGCCAGGACCUGGCCUAGCAUCACCCUGGGCCACCUGCACGUUCAUGGCCUCACCAUCUGCUUUGCGAACCACUACCCACCCCCUGUCGCAUGCACCUUCCACCCCUGCGGUGUCUGACUCUAGGGAGAUAGGUACAGAUGUCUGUGAUGGGCUGAGACAUCCCCCACCCCCCACGGCUCAUUGGUUUCUUUUAGCUGAGUGCUGUUUUCUGUGUCUUUACUCUGCUAUGAUGACUUGGGGGGUUAGUGAGGGCCUGAGGGAUGCUUGUUGGAAGUACUGUGGGUAGGGCCUGGUAGGUCCUUAGGGAACAAACAAACAAAAGGCUCAUCUGCUCCUGGGUGGUGACCUGGCCACAGCACCUGUCAUCUCCCUUGGUGUCUGCCCAGUGGGGACGAGCUUCCCUGGCUCAACCCCUAUCAGGUGUGCACUGUUGAGUCUGCGGGCCAGCCGGGACUUUAACCAAUAAAGAGCAACCUUGUCUGUCA